ACCAACUGAGCCCUAAUUUUCAGUUAUCUGCUUCAGCAUCUCGGUCGAUAUUCACCUCCCGCUCACCGUCGUCUCUCGGCGCCUCAGGCUCGCAGCUUUGGUUCCCUCGUCUGGAUUUUUCCGGUUCUCCUCUUCAAACAAAAAUUUGUACUGUGGCAGCUUAGGGAACAAAUGUGUCAUUCACUCGAGCGAUUUCUAUUUGUUCUUUUUCACGUUCUUGUCAUCAUUAUGAAAUGGCCGAGUUUCUGCCUGAGUAGUAUGGUCGACAGUAAAAUUUUGAAUGUUGGAGAGGAGCUGUGGAGGGAAACAUUACCAUUACAAAUGGGUUCUCGCCUGUAUCAUCUUCAAGGACUUAAACCUGAUAUGUGGUAUGAAGUGAAGAUAUCAUACCCGGGCUCUAUGCCUGCCAGCUUCUCGUUAGAACUGAAGAGAGACUUGACAAGCCCUGUUGAUAAGAAGAGCAGAAAACUACUCGAUACUGAAAAGCUUAUUUUUAAGGCAGAAAGCAUGAACUUGCAGGGAGAUCAGGUUGAUACACAUGUAUUGGUCUCUGUGAUUUCCGAGGGAGUUGUUGCCUUACCGUCCGCCCGGGAAAGGGAUUCGAUCAUCUUCAAUAUAGUUUGUGACGAACUACUUAUCGGCAUCCCGCAGGAAGCUUGGGGGGUUGGAGGGUUGGUUAUAAUCUGCUUGAUAUUGGCAUUCAUAAUCCCAUCUUUUCUACCCUCAUGGCUGCUACGGACCAACCAAACCCAAGGACCAGGAAACCAUCAUGCAUCCAAGAGUUCUUAAGUAAUUGGUAUGCAACAGUUCUAAGGCUAUAGCAGGAUGGAGCUCAGUUAUUGUAGAGUGCCAAGCUGCCUGCCUGCCCUUAUCUCACAAGGAUUUCCUCAUCACAUCGUGAGAAGGAAAAGGAAAAUAUGCAAGCUUUUUGCCCAUUAACAAGCUUUUGGUUCCCUUUUGUUUCCUUUUGAAAUCUGAGUCAAGCUCAUGUCGACUCGUUACGACAAUUUAUUGAUUUUUAUGUUCUAUGUUGUCAAGGUGCGAUUUUCACGAG